CCUUUCUUUAAGAGGUGAAGAAGAAGCACUCCUUGGUGACCCAACAGUUUUCAACUCAUUUCAGCAGAGACGUUUGGUAGUAGUUGUCAUAUGCUCUCCAGCUCUAAAAAUUUUCCAAUUCUGCUACUAAGAUUUCAAAGGAAACAUCUGGUUGCUAAUACAGAUGAUACAAAUUCAGAUGCCUGAAUUUACCCUGCCUGGACUACUACAUUAGCUCUGAAUUGUGCCUGGAACAUAUAUGUACUAAACUAACGUGUACUUGAAUGAGAGAUUGGAUUCACUUAAUAUCUCCAACUCAAAUGACAUUUCUAGCAUUGUGAGAGAUUAUGAAUUGAAGUAAUAAAUUGAAGAUAUAGUGUGGCAUCCUCUUACAAGAACAAAAUAGAUGUGCAUUGUGAGCUCAAGUUAAUUUGAAAAGAGAGAAGAUGACUGCAUUAAUAGCCAGUGGAUGUGGACUCUUUGGACUACAAUGGCCAUUUAAUGAUAUCCCAAAGGCAGUCACAAGGAAAGUUAAAGGAGGAAAUAUUGAUGUACAUCCAUCAGAAAAAGCACUCAUUGUUCAGUAUGAAGUGGAAGCUACUAUUCUUGGAGAAAUGGGUGAUCCCAUGUUGGGAGAACGAAAGGAAUGCCAAAAGAUCAUUCGUCUUAAGAGUCUCAAUGCCAACACCGAUAUAACUUCCCUGGCACGGAAGGUGGUUGAAGAAUGUAAACUUAUUCAUCCCUCAAAAUUAAAUGAGGUAGAACAGCUGUUGUACUAUCUACAGAACCGCCGGGAUUCAUUGUCAGGAAAAGAAAAAAAAGAAAAAUCAAGCAAGCCUAAAGAUCCACCUCCUUUUGAAGGAAUGGAGAUUGAUGAAGUUGCUAACAUUAAUGACAUGGAUGAAUACAUUGAGUUACUAUAUGAAGAUAUUCCUGACAAAGUUCGGGGUUCUGCUUUGAUCCUGCAGCUUGCUCGAAAUCCUGAUAACUUGGAAGAACUGCUAUUGAAUGAAACUGCCCUUGGUGCAUUAGCAAGAGUCCUAAGAGAAGACUGGAAACAAAGUGUUGAGUUGGCUACAAACAUAAUUUACAUCUUUUUUUGCUUUUCUAGCUUUUCUCAGUUUCAUGGACUUAUCACUCACUAUAAAAUUGGAGCUCUAUGUAUGAAUAUCAUUGAUCAUGAGUUAAAAAGACAUGAACUGUGGCAAGAAGAACUCUCUAAGAAGAAGAAAGCUGUUGAUGAAGACCCUGAAAACCAAACCUUGAGAAAAGAUUAUGAAAAAACCUUUAAAAAAUACCAGGGACUUGUGGUAAAACAGGAACAGCUCUUACGAGUUGCUCUUUAUUUGCUUCUGAAUCUUGCUGAAGAUACACGUACAGAACUGAAGAUGAGGAACAAGAACAUAGUUCACAUGCUGGUGAAGGCUCUUGAUCGGGACAAUUUUGAGCUACUUAUCCUAGUUGUGUCAUUCUUGAAGAAACUCAGCAUCUUUAUGGAGAAUAAAAAUGAUAUGGUGGAAAUGGACAUCGUUGAGAAACUGGUAAAAAUGAUACCUUGUGAACAUGAAGAUCUGCUGAAUAUCACCCUCCGGCUUUUACUAAACUUAUCCUUUGACACAGGACUGAGGAAUAAGAUGGUACAAGUUGGACUGCUCCCCAAGCUCACUGCACUCCUAGGUAAUGAAAACUACAAACAAAUAGCAAUGUGUGUUCUUUACCACAUAAGCAUGGAUGACCGCUUUAAAUCAAUGUUUGCAUACACUGACUGUAUACCCCAGUUAAUGAAGAUGCUAUUUGAGUGUUCAGAUGAACGAAUUGACUUGGAACUCAUUUCUUUCUGCAUUAAUCUUGCUGCUAACAAAAGGAAUGUACAGCUUAUCUGUGAAGGAAAUGGUCUGAAAAUGCUCAUGAAAAGAGCUCUGAAGUUCAAGGAUCCAUUGCUGAUGAAAAUGAUUAGGAACAUUUCCCAGCAUGAUGGGCCAACUAAAAAUUUAUUUAUUGAUUAUGUUGGAGACCUUGCAGCCCAGAUCUCUAAUGAUGAGGAAGAGGAAUUUGUGAUUGAAUGUUUGGGAACCCUUGCAAAUUUGACCAUUCCAGACUUAGACUGGGAAUUGGUUCUUAAGGAGUACAAGUUAGUUCCAUACCUCAAGGAUAAACUAAAACCAGGUGCUGCAGAAGAUGACCUUGUUUUAGAAGUGGUUAUAAUGAUUGGAACAGUAUCUAUGGAUGACUCUUGUGCUGCAUUGCUAGCCAAAUCUGGAAUAAUCCCUGCACUUAUUGAAUUGCUAAAUGCUCAACAAGAAGAUGAUGAAUUUGUGUGUCAGAUAAUUUACGUCUUCUACCAGAUGGUUUUCCACCAAGCCACAAGAGAUGUCAUAAUCAAGGAAACACAGGCCCCAGCAUAUCUCAUAGAUCUGAUGCAUGAUAAAAAUAAUGAAAUCCGAAAAGUCUGUGAUAAUACAUUAGAUAUUAUAGCGGAAUAUGAUGAAGAAUGGGCUAAGAAAAUUCAGAGUGAAAAAUUUCGCUGGCAUAACUCUCAGUGGCUAGAGAUGGUAGAGAGCCGUCAGAUGGAUGAGAGCGAGCAGUUCUUGUAUGGUGAUGAUCGAAUUGAGCCAUACAUCCAUGAAGGAGAUAUUCUUGAAAGACCUGACCUUUUCUAUAACUCAGAUGGAUUAAUUGCCUCUGAAGGAGCUAUAAGUCCAGAUUUCUUCAAUGAUUAUCACCUUCAAAAUGGAGAUAUAGUUGGGCAGCAUUCAUUUCCUAGCAGGUUUUUCCAGACAAAAACAAAGUACCUUCAUAUUGGCCUAUCAGAAAUUAAAAGGCAAUAUAAUCUUAAAAAGGAAUCCACACCUUUGUGUGAACAGUAUCAUGUGGCUAAUUAAGAGCCCCUCAAAUGUGAAAGGAUGAGAGGAGGCUUCUAUGAACAUAGUUAGCCUUGGAAUGGAUGGCUUUGGCCAAUCAGUUGGCAUUCUUGGACGUCCUGCCACAGCUUAUGGAUUCCGCCCUGAUGAACCUUACUACUAUGGCUAUGGAUCUCGAUAAAGUCAUCCUUUUCUUGUGUACUCUCAGCUUAGAAGAAAUCUGUAUGGGUUGGGUUAACUUUGAAUCUUGGCUAAUAAUGCAUGUUGAUAUUAUUGCGGGUCUGUGGGGGUAUUUUUUAUUUUUUAUUUUUUAUUUUUCCAUGUUGUUAGCUACAAAUUAACUCUGAUACCUUUGUCCUCUGUUAGGUACAGUUGAUGUUUGACACUGUUAACUCAUGAAACUACAUAUUAAUGCUGAAUAACAUUUCCCAUGUUAUAAAGAGAGGUGCAGAAUUAAAUGCUGAAAGGCAAUCAGACUGGAAAACAAACACUACAUUAUGUACAUUAAGUGACUAAUUUAAUUUCUAUUAAAAAGAAGGAUAAAGUACAAGUGAAUUAGCAAGUCAUGUGUUUCUGUUUAAUAUGUUUUAUUAAGAGUUUCAUGCUUCUAUACAGUGCAUAUGAAUUUUCUUUUUCCCUGCCCAUUUCCCCCCACCCUUGUAAACUCAUGAGUUUUUCAUGUAAUGUGUGCUACUUUAAAAUUUAUAAAAAGAAUGUCACCUUUUUCCCCUAUUCCAUCUGCAUUUUCAGGUUUGCUUCCCCAAGUUAACUAUGUGUUUUCAAUUAACAAUGGAAUAUAUGCCAUAGAUUGUUACAUAUAUGUAGACUGUC